CUCCGCUGCGCGCCCGGGCUCCUGAGUGCUUCCAGUUGAGAGAUGGCGGCCAGCGCAGGUAGAUCUCGGCUGCUGCUGCUCUCGAGGAGUAGCGGCGGGGGGCUGACAGCGGGAUUCCCCGGGCUGGGGGUCAGUAGGCACCGGCCUCACAGGACGGUGCACCAGAGACAUCCUGCAUGGCUGAGCCAAAGAGUAGUGUUUUGCAGUACAGUAUCGCCCUCUGAUGACGUGAGUGUGAUUUACCAAAAUGGGUUACCUGUGAUCUCUGUUAGUCUUCCCUCACGACACGAGAGAUGUCGAUUCACCCUCAAGCCCAUCUCAGAUUCAGUUGGAGUGUUCCUGCAACAGCUUCAGCAAGAGGACCGAGGCAUAGACCGGGUUGCAAUCUACUCUACAGAUGGAACACGUGUGGCCUCUUCCACAGGGAUUGAAAUUCUCCUUUUAGAUGAUUUCAAAUUGUCCAUUAAUGAUAAAACUUAUUAUGUACAGCCACCAAAAAGAGAACUCUUAAGCCAUGAAGAUGCAGCAACAAUGAAUGACCUAAAAAUACUAGUUCAGCACCUGUACAGCACGUUGCGCAUUGAGGAACAUCAACUUAACAAAGAACGGGAGCUGAACGGACGGCUAGAGGAUCUCCGAGGGCAGCUAGAACCUCUUGAGAAACUGCGUCAGGACAUAGGCCGACGAGCAGAAAAACGAACCACGUGGGUUCUGUGGGGUGGACUAGCUUACAUGGCUACUCAGUUUGGUAUUCUCGCACGCCUGACAUGGUGGGAAUACUCUUGGGAUAUUAUGGAGCCUGUCACAUACUUUAUUACCUACGGGAGCGCAAUGGCAAUGUAUGCCUACUUUGUACUAACACGACAGGAAUAUAUCUAUCAAGAUGCCAGAGACCGACAGUACUUAAACUUUUUUCAUAAAGGAGCCAAAAAGAUAAGUUUUGAUUUAGAAGAAUAUAAUCGACUCAAGAAUGCAAUUGUUCAGGCCGAGUUAGACCUCAAGAGACUGCGUGACCCCUUGCAAAUGCAACUCCCCAUCCAACAAAUUGAUGCUAAAGAUUGAUCUUCAUCAUAUCUCUAAAUCCCCAGCCAAACCUGUGGAUAUCAAUUGCCUUUGAAUUAAAAGCAUUACAGGUGGUAGCUGGGACAUGGUAUUGGGAUGAGCAUUUCCUUUUUUUUUUGUUUUUCUUUUUCCUUUUUUUUUUUUUUUUUUACUUUAUAGUAAAUGUUAUACAAAUGGAGAAGAAGGUGAAAAGGAAAAUUAAUCAGCAUAAGGGGCCUUGACAAUGCCUCUCCGAAAGGGCUGUGGCAAAUUGUCUUACUCAGACUGUAGCUAUCUUUUUAUUUGUAUGUGGACAUGCAUUACUAAAUAUAUGGUUGAGGGGGUUUGAACAAAUUACAAUAUUUUAUUUAAUUUUGCUUUUCCGUUUUACUUUUGAGUUCAUGUUUUAAUUUGGUAAGGUUAAGACUGUGGCAGAGUGCCUGUAAUCACAUAUGAAUUUUAGGUCUGCCAAGCCAAGUGUGGGCACAGCAGUAACAUACAGCAGUAACAUACAGCAGUAACAUACAGCAGUGCACAAUGAAUGGGGUUGUAAGAUGCUGGACCAGAAGUAACCUCAACAAUCCAAUACCCUCUUCUCUUUAGAGGUAUCUGAAAGGCGCUGUUAUGCCUUUCUGUUCUUUAAACUCCAGGUUCAUGCACAUGCCUUUUCCAUGCAACAUUGUCCAGUUUUUACCCAAGUCCCAAACACUUUCUGCUAUGCAUUUUAAGGAAACGCACGUGAUUUUCUAGUGAUCACAUUCUAAGUGUCCCUCAGUCCCUCCAUUGCCCUGGCUGACUAACCCAGUGGCUGAAUGCAUGAUAGGUCUAUGUACGUUCUUUUGGGAGGAAACUGUUCAACUGUCCUAUGCACUUAGUAGAUGGAUCAGUUGGGUAGCGAUUCAAAGUUGCAUGAAUGUAUAAAGGAGCAUCACCAAUUCUAAAGCGAUAACCAGUAAAUGUCUUUAUGGUCUAGCUCUUUCCAUUGGUCCCUCAUGAGCUAUUUCCUUCAGAAAUAUCUCUCUUGGGCUUGCCAGACGUCUAGCUUUGUCCAUGUAUUCUCCUGCCUCCUGCAAGAACUGAGCUAUCGCCUCUGUCUUUGUUCCAAAGAUUUUAGGGGGACACAUUUUCUUUAUUUUUGUAUUGUUCCUUUGGAAUAAGCUGCUCUUCCACAGACUUUCAAUAUCGAAAUGGUGCGGUCUCUCUUUCCAGCCCAAACAUGGCUGGGCAUUUUGGGGAGGGUUGGCAUGAUGGGUAAUGAGGGAGGUUGGGACUAAAUGUUAACUUUACAAGAGACACUUUUUUAAAGCACUCCCCACUGUGAAAGGCUCCUACUUCAGGAAUAGAACCGCAGAACUAAAGAAGUAAAGCCAGAUGACUGGUGCCUUGCAAAUAUUGAAAUGGAGAGAGGAGAUCCAGUCACCUUAUUGAAGACUCUAUGCUGGCUCUAAUAGGCCUUAGGUGGCACAAGCUGCCAGAGUUUGCAGCCUGAUAACUGCUAAAAAUCCAGCUCUACUUGCUGAUGAAAUUAAUGUUUUCUAUAUAUAUAUAUAUAUAUAUAUAAUUUUUUUUUAAAUACCCAUCUUUCAUUGUCUGUCAUACAUAUCCAGAUAGUUCUAAAUUGAUCUGCUAAGAGUAAAUGUCAGAUUAUGGCAACUAGAUUUUGGUGCAUCUCGCUGCAUUUAAUCCCUAUGCUGUUUACAGCUUGUACUUGAUGCUUAUUGCUGUGGUGCUUCUGCAUCUGCUUUGGAGUAAUCAAUUCAGACAAUCAUGUUCAUCAAGUGUCCCCUUAAUUGCGGAGACACCGAUUUUCUGCCAAAAAAUAAUUUAAAAAAAAAAAAAAUCAGUCUCCCAAUGUGAUGCCCUGUUUCUGACAAUUGAAAUAUUCAGACUGGAUGAUGUUGGUCUCUUUAAACACUAAAGAAAUUGGAUUUUGGUUUGAACAUUUGCAUUCAGUUUGCCCUGAAUGAUCUGGCAAUAUAUGCACUUUGCUAGCACCUUCAGCAAGAAAGUUUAAUUUUUUUUUUUUUUGUUCUGCAAAAAGGUCUCAAACAAGUGUAGUAAAGAUGUCAUAGUAUUCAAUAGGGUUGGUGUGUGGGUGUAUGUGCAGGGAAGUUUGGAGCAUGGAGGAAUGUCCUAUCAAUAAUAACAAAAUAUUAAAAAUGUGUAAAUCCUGUAUCAUUUAUGAAAUAUGUAUAAAGAUAAAAUGUAAUUCUGCAACAAUAAACACACAAUUUUUGGAA